CUUCCAGACAGUGAUUACCCUCACUGGCUUGUUCAUCUUCCAGACAGUGAUUACCCUCACUGGCUUGUUCAUCUCCCAGACAGUGAUCACCCUCACUGGCUUGUUCAUCUCCCAGGCAGUGAUCACCCUCACACAAGAUCAAACUAAGAAACACAACCACUUUUAUAUAAAUUCAGUGCAAAUAACUGAAUAAUCUAAAGUGAAAAGUAGCACACAUAAACACAAAACAAUGUAUAAACCACAACAAAACAUAGUUUUUUUUAUAAGAAAUUGUAAGUUGCGGUCUCAAGGGCAAGUCACAGUCUACAGGAUUAGGCGAAUUGCUCAAGUGAAAAAUAUCACCAGCUUCCUGGUGAAAAUAAUUCGUAUUCAAAGGCACGCUGACGAGUCUCAAACCCUUCCCUUGGAAACUGAGGUAAAGUCGCAAGUCAGUGCCGGGGAGUAACACUCACUCGAUGUGUAUUCGUACAGUAAAACUAGAGCUUUCAAAAUAACCGAGUCACAUAGCAAUAAACUCACAAUGCAGAAAUACCCUAAUCUUUCAAGAUGAACUGACGGCACAGACUGGUUCCGUCUUACCAUUACACUGCUCUAGACGGCCAUCUAACCCUUACGAGCUGGACUACAUAUACGAUCGAACAAAAUACUAGAAUACUCUAGUUUCGAUGGACAUGAACAAUAAACAUGAACGAACAUGAACAAUUUGCAAGAAUUCACAGUUGAUUCUAGAAAGAACAACAUAUUUACUCUACAGAAAAAGCUUACAGGCAUUGACAAUGCACUCAGAAAUAUCGCUCGGGCUGGCUUUAAACAAUAAACAAACUCUGAUUUAGGUCAAACGGCCUCCAUGCGGGCGGAUUCUUUCAUAAAGCAUAACAAUGAAAUAGACAUGAUGCGAUACAUACGGGGUCACAACAUCGUAUAUAUGUAUGUAGCAUAGGCUUUGCGAUGAAUUUUCUAGAGCAAGUCAGCAGCUAUCCUUGUCCUCUCAGCAAAUGUUCCGGGCCCACGUAGAUGGAUGGAGACGCUUUCUGACUGCUUUUCAGCGAGAAAAAGAGCCGUUAUAUCUGAAAUUUAACUUCAUACAAUUAAGUUUGUAUGAGGGCUUGAAGUAGUGAAACGAAGGUUCAGGGGCCGCCCACGCUCUGGAAGCUGUGGUACAUGCAUAUCUGAUAGCCGAAGACACGUUUUAGAACAUUACUGGCGACUAAAAUUAAGAGGGAAAGCCAGGAUAAAUUACAUUUUUUUAGUCUUUUAUAUGAUGACUUCAUAUGAUGAUUACGUUUGCUGAGUGAUAUGGCUGAGCUAGUCUUACUAUGCAAACCCAUUAUGUUAGGAUCCAGUGUAAUAUCCAGGGAAGCUCUGGCCUUCAGAUAUUCAUAGAGGCGUUUAUGACGAUAUCUGCUGAAUGAAAUCCCCUUUGUGAUAAUCGCCAAGCGAAAAACACAUCACAAUUGCCAUUUUUAGAAAAGAGUCGGAACGGAACCGCGGACAUCUCCCACGCAAAACUCCAAUCUCCUGGUCUGGCAGCGUAGGCCUAUAUGUACACCUUUAGAACAAAAAAGGUCGUUUGCUGAGUUUUAGUCGGUGUGAGAUCACGGACUGUGAUUGGUACACUGUUACGUGCUGGGUUCUAGUCUAGGUCAUGCCACGGAGGUGACUGCUACACUGGUGUAUGCGGCGUUCUAGUCAGGGUCAUACUACGGAGGUGACUGCUACACUGGUAUGUACGAUGUUCUUGUCAGGGCCAUGUCACGUAGGUGACUGGUACACCGGCGUAUGCAGCGUUCUAGUCAGGCCCAUACCAUUGACUAUGACUGCUACACUGGUAUAUACGAUGUUCUUGUCAGGGUCAUAUCACGUAGGUGACUGGUACCAGUUGGUGUAUGCGGCGUUCUAGUCAGGGUCAUACUACGGAGGUGACUGCUACACUGGUGUGUACGAUGUUCUUGUCAGGAUCAUGUCACGUAGGUGACUGGUACCAGUUGGUGUAUGCGGCGUUCUAGUCAGGGUCAUACGAUGGAAUGGGAAUGGUACCCUGUUAUGUGUUGCGUUCUAGUCACGGUUAUUCCACGGACCGUGACUGGUACACUGGUGUGUGCGGCGUUCUAGUCAGGUUCAUACCACGGACUGGAACACCAGUCCACUUUGACCUUGCGGUCAAGGUCAUAUGUCAGCCAGUGACUACUCAGUGACUACAUUUGUGCGGGAUCAUACCAUGGACUGAUGUGUCUAUUCUCUCGUGUAUUGUUUGAAGUCAUAUUUAUGUUCAUAGCUUCACAAAUUAAAUUAUUACGAUUAGUGAUGAAGUCAUUAUUAUGUUUUGAAAAAGCAAGACUAUGUACAUGUGGGAAUCGUUCCAAAAGGGCAACAAUAAAUCCAAGUAUAUCUGUUCCCAUAGCUUUCAAAGGCAUGGUGUGGAGUUUUGUCAGGUUUAUCUCGCUUGUGAUAUGUCUGAAGUUAAUUUAUACAUGUAUUCUGCUAGUUUCGAUACAAGCAUAGUUGUAACUUUUACUUUCUUUUCAAGUAAAUCCCCACCGGCAUGAGCCAACAUCAUGUCAGGUUGAUCUGAUAACCGCCUAAUGACUUGAUCUGGUGUCAUUCUUCGUGUUUCCGUCAUGACAUUUUAGUGAUGCGUCACUAUCAAAGUGUGCAGUGCCACAAUGACAACACAAGGCAGUCUAAAGAGAGCGAUUCCAAGAGAAGGUAUACACUUACAAUACAAUAUGCUGCUCUGUUACGUCGAAAUCCUCCUCGCUGUCUUCCUUCCAACACUAUCAAAACCUGGCUGUGAUCUUGAUGUACAUCGGCUUUUCCUGGACUGCAGUUCUCGCGGGUGGAAAUCAGUACAGUCGAGGAAAUUCUCCAAUGACACCCAUGGAAUUGACCUGAGCUAUAACAGAAUCGUCAAAGUCCGAAAUCAGACAUUCAUAAACGUGCCGAUGUUAGAAUUCCUAGAUCUCUCAAACAAUGUAAUUAAAUCUUUGCAAUCAGCAGCAUUUCAAGGUCUUUCACACCUUGUAUCACUAAAUUUGUCUUACAACCGAUUACCCUUAUCUUUCAAGGUAUGGACGCCACAACUGCUUGAGCCACUAGGAAACCUGAGAUUGAUUAAGAUUAAAGGGCCACCUAGUACCGCAGUAGUGCCAUGGCAAGGCAUUGGUGCCGCAUUCGGAACACUUACAAACCUAACGAAAAUUUUUCUCGAUUUACCGGUUAAUUUUGUCUUCGAAGAAGGAUUUCAUUCACUGGAAAAGUUGACCACAAUUUCAACACAUGGCGAAAGCAAAUUUUCAAAUUGUAAAAUAGUAUAUCUCACAACGAGAACUUUUCGUAUUCUCGAACACACGCCUGUAAGAGAGUUGCGACUGGUUAAUUGCAAGAUUCUGCUCAUUCAGAAGGGUACAUUUGAUGUUUUUACGUCACUAGAAAUUCUCGACCUUAGCUACAACAUAGAUUUAGGGUUGAAUAACGCCAUGUGGAGCUUGCACUCCUUCCGACAAAGAAACAUGACUGAGAUCAAUUUGGCGAUGGUAAACGGGGAGACGUUUAACUUUCAAGACGUAGUCUUGAUACCGGAUGAAACUAGGCAUUUGUCCGAUAUUUGCGUGCGAUCGGUUGAUUUAUCCAUGAAUUCCAUCUCCAUAUUGGUUUUUAGUGAAUCUAGUCUGUGGAUAGACUGCCUGGUAAAGCUUAACGUAUCACACCAUUCUCUGCAAGUGUUUCCCUCUGUCAUACUAAAGUCGCUCAGCACAAGCAAGAGUUUGAAAAGUUUAGAUUUCAGUCAAGAAAAUGUCGUACCAACAGACUGGAGGAAAUUUUCUCCAUAUAGAGUACAUAAGAACUCGAGAGAAAACGUCUCCUUAUCACCAAACCUGUCAUGGCUUAGUUUUAGUAAAUGUUGGAGUUGGUUUGGCACGCACACAGAAAUCCAUUUCUCUUUUACUUCAAAUCUUCGCCACCUUGGUGUUGCCUUUAAUAACAUUGGUAAAUGCAAAGGUCAGUGUUUUAAAGGUUUCUACAACCUAACAAGCAUUGACAUGUCAGGAAACAGUCUCACACAUUUUCCCACAGAAGUUUUUGCCAACAACAACCAACUCAGAACAAUUAAUUUGGCUAACAAUAAGUUACAGCGCUUACCAUCAAAAGAUCUGGACGACAUGUACCGAAUUGAAAUACUGGAUUUAUCCGCUAAUGUUUUCACCUAUCUGCAAUCAGACGAAAUGACAUUAAUUGACAGCUGGCUUGAGAAAUCUCCAACAUUCCAUCUCCUGCUUGGGAAUAAUCCUCUUCAAUGCACAUGUGACACAAUUAUGUUUAUCCGGUGGGUCAUUCAGGUGGAAGACAACCUCGAUAACCCUGACAGUUACACGUGCAUACUGUCGAAUGGUACUCGGCUACCCUUUUCGACAUUCAGAAAACUGUUAACGGACUUUGAAGUGCAAUGCGUUAGUCACACUUACUUGAUAAUAUCCGUGGUGGGCGUCUCGACGCUUAUCGUUUUGGUUUUGUUGUUUGCUGGGAUAUAUCGUUACCGUCUCAACCUCCGAUACUGGCUGUAUACUAAACUCAUGCCACCCGAGGACAUGUUUGUUGAUCAGGUAUAUACCUAUGACGCUUUUGUGGCCUACACCUGUGAUGAUUACGAGUGGGUGAUUCGAAUGCUGCGUCCGAAACUAGAAUUGGUGGACGAUCCCAUAAGACUUUGUGUUCAUGACAGAGAUUUCAUUCCUGGAAAGCCGAUUCAUGAAAAUAUCGUGGAUAAAAUGAAAGAAAGUCGUAAAAUCCUAUUAAUCAUCAGUCAAGGGUUCCUGGAAUCCCGAUUCGGCCCUUUGGAAAUCGAGUACGCUGGCAUGAAAUGCCUGGAAGAAGGUAGAGACGACACAAUCUUGUGUGUGCUGAUGGAGGAUAUCCCAGUUCGGAAGAUGCCGAGGGCAUUGAGAAACCUGUGGCAUAAGAUCACAUUCCUGAAAUGGAGUGAUGACGCCGAUCAGGAGAUCAUUUUCUGGCGGAAUCUUAAAGCUGCUUUGACACCUACGCAAGGUAGCGAAAUCGUUAGAAGGAAACACCGAGAGACGGCUGUGUGAAACGAAUCUGGAUGAUAGGCAUGAGCCAGACUAGUGGAAAGAAGGAAUACGUCUAGGUGAAAGUCAUGCGAUGGCUUUAUUAACACUAUACUGUGUAUAUAUGUGUGUAUGUAUGUGGCAGUUGUAUUCGGAACGUUUUGACAGUUCCUUUUCAGAAGUGUCUGUUGGUCACCUUGUUACGCGAGAUUGUUGACAGUAUUUUGCAUUAGAGUCGUUAUAGGUAACCACUUGGCUAUUGGGGAUGUAGUUAUUCUCUGCAUUGCGUUUGAUUGCUGCAUUAAUUACUAUGCUUUACUUACUGUUUCCGAGGAUUGUGAUCCUCUUCAGCGUCACAGUAUGAAUUACACACCAGAAUGUACCAUGUAAAUGAUGUAUUUUGUAAAUUUGGUUCACGUCGACUUUUAUAGGCCCACUAACGCUAUAACCUUACAGGCAGUGUUUUUUCGUUUCAAACUGUAUUGUUUGACAUUGCAUGGAGGCAGUUGUACUACAUUUUCGACCGAUGGACCUUUCCCGCUAUUGUGUUGUAUCUAAAAAAAGGUUUUUUGUGCGUUGUCACUUUUGUUGUCAAAGGUACAUCAUUUUUUUAUUGAUGUAAAUUGUGAAUCAAAAUGAAUUUCAGGAAUUCGAAUUUCAACUAGAGCAGCUACCCGGAAACUAUGAUGUUGUUCGAAAAAUGUUUCAUAAGGGAAAUCAUUGUUCAGUUGUUCCUCAACUGCUCAUUGAUUGACAGGCAGACCAACCGACCAUAAGCUUUUGUUUGUCACAGGAAAAACACAUUUUUCACUAUCCAGAAACAUGCGACAGGAACAUUUUACGUUCUACAAAAUGUGAUGCCUCAAAGAUGAAUUGCAAUUCAUUGUUUCUUACAGUGGUUAAAAUGAUUAAAAUACUUGACUGCUGUCAGCAAAGUUCACAAUAAGUCAAGAAAUAUAUGUUUUAUGACAAUAAGUAUGCCAAAUGUAAAUACAUGUUAAGCUCAGUUUUCUUUUGGAAUUGUUCUCUUGUUUAAUUUCAGGCAUGCGUGUUUUGGACCAAUGUAGUUUCGAGAUUUGAGUCGGCAAAUCAGAGUAGUGUUCUCUGAACCUCAUUAAACAGUAAAUAGCACCUUAAAAAUUGUUACAUGAUUAGAAACGAGAUAAUCAGGAUUGCUUUCUUGAAAUAUGUGUAUAACCAAUUUACCGGCUAUAACAUCUUACGUUACGUCACGCAAGAACGCACGCAGUCACUAAAUCCUAGCUCUGUACUCUUAAACGCCUUGCUGUUGCCUUACUCGAAGUCACAUCUAUAUGUCGAAUCAGCAAAAGUGUAUAUGUGAACAACCAAGGGUAGAGAGGAUACUUCCUUUAUGUUUAUGAAAUGGUGAUUCAUUUAUGUUUUCAUUUUAAGAUAAAAAUCAUAAUAUUUUUAAAAA